AUGGCUGCUGUGCCGUCAGAUCUUCCCGCUGCGGCCGCGACCGCCAAUCCUCCCCCAGUCAACGGCGACGCCAAGCCUUCAAGCGAUCUUACGGAGACAACCAAACCAGCAUCCGUACAGGAACCCUCGACAACGGAGCCGGGUCCGGAGACGAACACGGAGAAGAUGACUGGGGCACCUCCACCAAACGGCCAUGCUGUGACAGACGAUCAGAAGAGGACAUCCGCGCCUCCCCCGGCAUUAACCGCCGCUGCUGCCCAGGGAAAUGAGAAACCAUCCGACCAACCGCCUACUACCGGUACGACAACAUGCUCGAGGUCACCGAGAGUAUCGACAACGACCCGCGGGACCUCGCUCGAGAUCGACAACUCGAAACCGGCCGACUUCGAGGGCGAAAUUGCCACCGACAACCACCUUCCUACCCCCGAGACACUUAAGAAGAUCGAGAACUAUGUGGUGCUGGAUAGGCAUGGCAAGAGCCAUCCGUUCAAGGACUUGUACACGGGCCGCAACGUCGCGAGGCGUGUCCUCAUCAUCUUCGUCCGUCACUUCUUCUGCGGCAACUGUCAAGAAUUUCUUCGCUCGCUUUCCGAAUCUAUCACCCCGGAUGCUCUGCUCGGCCUCCCCAUGAGCACCUUCAUCGCCGUGGUAGGCUGCGGCAACCCAGGCUUGAUAGAUAUGUACCUCCAAGAGACGGGAUGCCCUUUCCCCGUCUACACAGACCCUACGCGGCGUCUGUUCGAGAAACUGGGCAUGACCCGUACUCUUGCCCUGGGCGAACGGCCAGCUUACAUGCGCAAGUCGAUGCUGAAGUCAGCCGCCGAGAGCGUCUUUCAGGGUCUGAAGCAGGUGAAGGCUGGGUUGGCCACCAAGUCCGGUGACCACAGACAAGUUGGCGGGGAGUUUCUCUUCGAGCCCGUGGAGCUGAUGAGCCCCGUCGGUACGCCCUUCGUCGAACGUCAGAUGGAGAAGGCAUUGCAAAACUCGCAAAAGGAAGACAUCAGCCAAGAGGGUAUCGACGGAGAGGGCGGCGAUGAGGGCACGUUUGAGGCCGAAGAGAAGAAGGUCACCUGGUGUCAUCGCAUGCGGUCCACUCGAGACCACGCAGAGAUACCCGAGUUGAUGGAAGUGCUGGGCUUGACGGGCACAGGAAAGCCCAUCGAGGAUAACAAGAGGUGGUCGAGGGCGCUCGAGCAAAGAAAAGGCACCGGCCUGAGUUUGGCGAGCCAAAUGAGCAGACUGAGCGACCAGCAAGAACGAGCAUAG